AAGUGUCCAGACUGGAAGGGGGGGAAAGUGUCCGGACUGGAAGGGGGGAGAAGUGUCCGGACUGGAAGGGGGGGGGAAGUGUCCGGACUGGAAGGGGGGGAAGUGUCCGGACUGGAAGGGGGUGAAAGUGUCCGGACUGGAAGGGGGGGAAGUGUCCGGACUGGAAGGGGGGGAAAGUGUCCAGACUGGAAGGGGGGGGAAAGUGUCCGGACUGGAAGGGGGGGGAGGUGUCCGGACUGGAAGGGGGUGAAAGUGUCCGGACUGGAAGGGGGUGAAAGUGUCCGGACUGGAAGGGAGGGAAAGUGUCCGGACUGGAAGGGGGGGAAAGGUGUCCGGACUGGAAGGGGGUGAAAG